UCCUUGUUCGGUCAUCGUCAAUGACUACUUUCUAAAUUCUGGCUCUAUGGAGAAAUACCUCCUGGGAUCUCGUUCUCUACCAUGUAGGCCAGAACAAAUUCUUUGUGGUUUUUGAUAUGUAGUUUCUAAAAUGUUGCCUUCAUUUGUCCCACAGGCUGAAUGACUUUUUAGAUACUUUUAAUGCAUUCUGUCUGAUCUUCCCUCUCAUACCCUGGCUUCAGAAUAUUGAUGAGUACGGAUUGCAUGGCUCGUGUAUCAGGCCGGUCACCAGGACGUCCCGAUCUAAAAUUCCGCUUUCACCGGGUUCUGUGUAUGUUUCCCUUCCCCUCCCUUCCCUUUUCCCUUCCCUUCCCUGUUGCCUUUUCCCUUCCCUUUUCCCUUCUCUUUCCCUUCCCCCUUCCCUUUUCCCUUCCCCUUUCCCUUCCUUUCCCUUUUCCCUUCCGUUUCCUUUUCCCUUCCUUUUCCCUUUUCCCUUCCUUUCCCUUCCCUUCCCUUUUCCUUCCUUUCCCUUCCCUUCCCUUUUCCCUUCCUUUCCCUUUUCCCUUCCUUUCCCUUUUCCUUUCCUUUCCCUUUUCCCUUCCUGUCCCUUUUCCUUUCCUUUCCCUUUUCCCUUCCUUUUCCCUUUCCCUUCCUUUUCCCUUUUCCCUUCCUUUCCCUUUUCCCUUCCUUUCUUUUCCCUUCCUUUCCCUUUUCUCUUCCUUUCCCUUCCCUUCUUUUCCCUUCCCUUCCUUUUUCCCUUCCCUUCCCUUUUCCCUUCCUUUCCCCUUUCCCUUCCUUUCCCUUUUCCCUUCCUUUCUCUUCCCUUCCUUUCCCUUCCCUUCCCUUUUCCCUUCUUUUCCCUUUUUCCUUCCUUUCCCUUUUCCCUUCCUGUCCCUUUUCCUUUCCUUUCCCUUUUCCCUUCCUUUUCCCUUUCCCUUUCCCUUCCUUUUCCCUUUUCCCUUCCUUUCCUUCCCUUCCCUUUUCCCUUCCUUUCCCUUUUCUCUUCCUUUCCCUUCCCUUCUUUUCCCUUCCCUUCCUUUUUCCCUUCCCUUCCCUUUUCCCUUCCUUUCCCUUUUCCCUUCCUUUCUCUUCCCUUCCUUUCCCUUCCCUUCCCUUUUCCCUUCCUUUCCCUUUUCCCUUCCCUUCCCUUUUCCCUUCCCUUUUUCCUUUUCCCUUCUCUUUCCCCUCCCUUUUCCCUUCUCUUUUUUUCCCCUUCCCUUUUCCCUUCCUUUCCCUUUUCCCUUCCUUUCCCUUUUCCCUUCCUUUCCCUUCCCUUCCCUUUUCCCUUCCUUUCCCUUUUCCCUUCCCUUCCUUUCCCUUUUCUCUUCCUUUUCCUUUCCCUUCCCUUUUCUUUUCCUUUUCUUUUCCUUUUCUUUUCUUGACAGAGUCUCACUCUGUCGCUCAGGCUGGAGUGCAGUGGUGCAAUCUGGGCUCACUGCAACCUCUGCCUCCCGGGUUCAAGCAAUUCUCCUGCCUCAGCCUCCCGAGUAGCUGGGAUUACAAGUGCAUGUCACCACGCCUGGCUAAUUUUUAUAUUUUUAGUAGAGACAGGGUUUCACCAUGUUGGCCAGGCUGGUCUUGAACCUUUGACCUCAGGUGAUCUGCCUGUCUUGGCAUCCCAAAGUGCUAGGAUUACAGAUGUGAGCCACUGUGCCCAGCCCUUCUUCCACUUUAACUUCACAGCUGCCCCAUGUCCGUUCUCUGAGGGCCCUGCCUUCCACAUGGAGGGCAGCAUGGCAUGUGGCUGAGUGUGGCUAUGCACCUCCCUCCCGCCAGUGGGAGGUUGGGGGUCCGAGAGCCUCCUUGUGUUUUGUCUGCUCUCUGUGCCGAUUGGUCCAAGCUGACAGUGUCUCAGCAGAAACACAUUUCUCAAGAAUCUGUGGGUCUUCAGUAGAUUUCCUGAGGCUUCACUUCCUCAGACAAGAGCCUAACUGCAGAUCAUUUAGAGACGAUCUCUUCUCUGCCUUGGUUUCCUGCUAAGACGGCCAAAGGACUGCCCCCUUCAUCCUUGACCCUUCACCCUCCCCUUCACCCUUCACUCUCUCUUCUGCCUGAGGAUCUGUGAGGUGCCUCCGUGGCUUCUUGAGAGGCCCUUCCUAGGCCUGCACUCUGACCUCCUGAUCUUUCCGAGGCUUUAACCACACGCAGUGUGGCCCAUCCUCGGCCUUUCCUUAGGGGCACACCCUCCUGACAGUCGGGGUAUUAGUCCAUUCUCGCACUGCUAUGAAGAACUACCUGGGACUGGGUAAUUGAUGAAGAGGUUUAAUGGACUCACAGUUCUGCGGGCUUAAGAAGAAGCAUGACUGGGCAGCCUCAGGAAAUGCACAAUCACUGUAGGGGGUGACGGGGAAGCCAGGGCCUUCUUCACAAGGGAGCAGGAGAGAGAGAGCAAAGUGGGAAGAGCCACACACCUUCAAACAACCAUAUCUCACUGUCACAAGAACAGCAAGGGGUAAAUCCACCCUGUGAUCCAGUCAUCUCCCACCAGGUUUCUCCCCGGACAUGUGGGGAUUACAAUUCGAGAUGCGAUUUGAGUGGGGACACAGACCCAAACCAUAUCAGUUAGGCUUUUCAUUUCAGCACUUUUUGCCGGCUGGAGACACUGUGCUUGUUGUUUCUCCACCAUCGUAUAGGUCUUCCCCGUUUGCCCUCUCCUCCACCCUUGCCCUGUCCCCAAACCAGGAAAUGCCCUGCAUGCAGGACCAGCCUCAGCACAACAGGAGCUGCCUCCAUAGCCCUGCAGGGCACGGCCUUUCUGCCCCCUGGAUAUUCCAGGCAAGCUCUGUUUUUUCUGUGGCUCCUCAAAAGCCUCCCAGCCUCUACCCACUGCCAAAAUCCAGAGCUCCUCCCGCAUUUCAGGCAUUUGUUACUGCGGCCCCUGCUUCCAUAGUCAUUAUACACUGCAGAGGAAUUCCCACAAACACAGCGGCUUCCGACAGCACAUGCCUCUUCAACAGUAUGUACUGGCUGUAGCUUCGUAGGGUGCUGGUCUGGGAUCUCCCGGCCCCCAGCAGGCUGUGUCAGGGCUCUCGCCUCAUGUGGCUCCUGGGGUUGUAGGAUGCAGGCUUGUUUCCUGGCUGUCUGCUGGGACCACCCUCAGCUGCUCCCAGCUGUAAGUGGGCUUUGAGUUAAGCUGCCAAGUUUGUGGCAAUUUGUAGAAGCAACAGAAAACUAACACAAUUGCCGAGCACUCUUGGUCCUGUUGGUCGUCCACAGGCGUAAGUCGAUCGCGUCGUUCAAGUUACCCUGGAUCUCGUGAUUUCCAGUCGCGGCUUCCAGAGACUGACUCUUUCUGCCAGACUUUGAAGGCAGCAUAGAUCUUCUGUUAAGUAUUUCCCUAAUCUCUCAGCCCCUCGAGGAAGAAAGGCGAAAUUGUUCCACAACAUUCAUGUCCAAGUUCCAAGAAUUCUAUUUUAUUCCUGCCAUAGCAGAACUGAGAUUUACAUCCCACAGGGAAGGCUGGUUUCCAGUGUGAAAUGCUGCGAGUUCCUGCUCUGAUCAGGAAAGAGCAGCACAGCUGCCUGACUCGUGCUUAACCUGGCUCUUCGCCCUUCGAAGCACACACGGCGCUGCGUCUCAUCUGAAUCAGGUCAUCUGCAGCAGCGGUCGCACCCGUGGGGCAAGGCGCCAGGCCCUCUUGCUUCAGCUGCCUCCGGAAAAGCCUGGAGUCACAGACCUAAGCUUGCUGUGCAUAACGCAGUGCAGGGAAAACAUUCUAGAGGCUUCAUGUGUUUUGCAAACAUACUUGUGCUCUGUAGUUUUUGCACUUAGCUCGCCUGUAAAUCACUAGGCUUCCACAUUGCAAUGAAUCAAAUAUGAAUUAAAUCCAGAAGCACCACAAACUUAGAUUAGACGGCAUUGCUUAAAUCGUCACUUCGUUAUAACAAAUCUCUUUGCAAAGAUCAGAGUUACACUUUCUCCUCUUUGUCUUCCAAUAGUGUUUUCCCCUAUUGUGCUUUUACCCUGCCGGUGCCUGGGCUGGUGGGAGGCUUCUUGUGGCAUUUCCUGUGUAUGUGCUGUUUAUUAGGGGUGCUUAGAGAGAAGCUCCUGUUGUCUGCUGUCCUUGGAGACCCACGUGUGUUUUUUGUUGUUCCUGCUCUUUUGUAGCCCCUUCCUUCUUUUUGUUUCCAUUAGUUUGUGUGCUAUUUUGGUGAAUGGUGGCAUCUUUUAAUGAAGAGACCGAGGGCUUCUGAGACACGCCUUUCGGUGCACACCCUGUGUGGGGCAGGGGCAGACAGUGUGGGAAGCAGAACCACAGGUGGAGACGGCGAGCAGAUCACAGGGCCAACUGGCGUUGAGUUGUCAGGAGCACCCUCCUCCCAGCAGACAGUUGCCCUUUUCUUUUCUUUUUUUUUUUUUUUUUGAGACGGAGUCUCGCUCUCUUGCCCAGGCUGGAGUGCAGUGGUGCAAUCUCGGCUCACUGCAAGCUCCGCCUCCCGGGUUCAAGCCAUUCUCCUGCCUCAGCCUCCCGAGUAGCUACGACUACAGGCCACCACACCUGGCUAAUUUUUUGUAUUUUUAGUAGAGACGGGGUUUCAGUGUGUUAGCCAGGAUGGUCUCGAUCUCCUGACCUCGUGAUCCGCCUGCCUCGGCCUCCCAAAGUGUUGGGAUUACAGGUGUGAGCCACCACGCCCGGCUGACAGUUGCCCUUUUCUAAAGCUGCUUUCUGUGUCUUUCUUCACAGAUGUCCUGAAAUCCUUUUUCAUGGAAUUUUUUUUUUUUUUUUUGGAGAUAGGGUCUCGCUCUUGGCUCUUGUCACCCAGUCUGGAGUGCAGUGGCACGAUCUUGGCUCACUGCAACCUCCGCCUCCCAGGCUCAAGCAAUCCUCCCAUCUCAGCCUCUCGAGUAGCUGGGACCACAGGUAUGCACUACCAUAUCUGGCUGAUUUUUAAAAAAAUUUCUAGUAGACACGAGGUCUCACUGUUGCCCAGGCUGGUCUUGAACUCCUGGGCUCAAAUGAUCUGCCCACUUCAGCCUCCCAAAGCACUGGGAUUACAGGUGUGAGCCACUGCACCUGGCCUUCCAUGGAUCUUAUGGGGAGGAAAGGAGACAGCAGCCAUGGAGAAGGGGCCUCUGGGGAGAGUGUCUAGAAACAGAAUUCAUUUGGAGGGCCUGGCUCUUUUUUAGGAUGUUGCUAUUGGUUAUUUGUCAGAAGCAACAGUGUUUACAUUCUAUCUGUUUAUUGCGUCACACUGAAUCUCUGCAAAUCAGUGGAAGUCUGCAGUGUGGUAGAACUCUUGUGCACACAAGCACACCUGCUAGAAUGAACAUCACAAAUAUGCAGAAGUGGAUGAGCUCGUGACUUAUUUUUUUAAAUGCAAGCGAGAAACCCUUUCUCUAUACCCUUACUGUUCUUAAGAAGGGUGGUCAGGAACGGCAGUGUUGAGUUCCCCGUGCACAGCUGAAGGAUCUGGCGCUUAUAGGCAAAAUCUCCUUGAAGAGUGGUGUUCUCUUCACACUUAGAAAAUGAUAGAAAAUUUGCAUGAGGUUAAAGUACCCUAAAAAGUCAAACAUUUUCAGAUUAAACCCAUACAUCCAUCUCUCCUAGCUUAAAUCUCUAUUCAUGCAAGGAACAAGUGACAGAUUACCAUCAAUUACUGAUAGGGAUUUAUAACUGAUGAUGAUAUAUUUUCAGUUAUUACCUGUGAUGAUUGUGAAAAAGACAUCCCUGGAGUUGGUGGAAGGGGGAGUUGUAGCCCAAUAAACUCAUGGAAUGUUUUCUACAUAGAUGAUGAAGAUUUAAAAAACAACUUUAACUCUCCUUUCUGAUAAUUUUAUAAGAAAAAUGCAUCUCCAUGAAAGCAAAAUGAAGGACUGUGCCCAGGGUAGAAGCUGUCUCGACAGGACUGUACAUACUUGGAACAGGAGAGAUCUCAACAGUAACUGGCCUGUGGGCAUAGACUGCGGGUUGGACACGGCUGUGGGGAUGGUGGCAGGUGGCAGGCUGGCCUCUGAGGAGGACGCAGACCUCCACACACAGCAAAUAACAGCACAACCUUCAGGUCUCAAUUGGACCUGGAGCCCCGAGAGGCUGUGGUGUUGCCACCUGGAAGAAGCCUGGUCAUGCAGGGAAUUAGCAUGAGUGACAUAUUUCUUUUGGGGUUUCUCCCUUCGGAGCUGCCGGGUACUUCCAGUCACCUCCCUCCCCAGUUUGUGUGCACUUCAGAAUGUGCUGUCAGCAGGCCUUGACCUUUCUAUGCAUCUCACUUCCUAUAUUUAGAACUCGUUUCACCUAAGGUUUUCUUAAGGUUCAUUGAGAAAAAAGCAUAUGUUUCAGAUAAACAUGAAAAAACUCCAACUUUGCUGCUUUAAUUUCUAAUGUAUGUUUCUGAAUUAGGGUACACCACAUGCGCCUGCUUCCGCUCACACCGUCUCGUGAUUGUGUGCCAGCCUCUGCUCACACUGUCUCAUGAGUGUACAAAUGCCUGCCUCUGUUCACACUGUAUCCUGUGUGUGGGCCUGCCUCUGCUGACACCAUCUCAUGAGUGUAUACACACCUGCCUCUGCUCACACCAUGAGUGUACACCUGCCUCUGCUGACACCAUCUCAUGAGUGUGCACAUGCGUGCUUCUGCUCACACCACCUCAUGAGUGUGUGCCCAUCUUUGCUCAUGUGUCUCAUGAGUGUACACAUGCCUGCCUCUGCUCACACCACCUCAUGAGUGUGUGCACCUCUCUGCUCACACCAUCUCGUGAGUGUACAUGUGCUUGCCUCUGCUCACACCAUCUCACGAGUGUACACGUGCCAGCCUCUGCUCACACUGUCUCAUGAGUGUGUGCACCUGUCUCUGCUCACACUGUCUCAUGAGUUUACGUGCAUCUGCUUCUGUUCACAUCAUCCCAUGUUUGUACAUGUGCCUGCCUCUGCUCACACUGUCUCAUGAGUGUACACAUGCCUGCCUCUGCUCAUACCCUCAUGAGUGUAUAUGCCUGCCUCUGCUCACACCGCCUCAUGUGCGUGCUUGCCUCUGUUCCCACUGUUUUAUGAGUGUGCACAUGCAUGCCUCUGCUCACACUGUCUUGUGAUUGUGUGCAUCUGCCUUUGCUCACACUGUCUCAUGUGUGUGCCCGUCUCUGCUCACGCUAUCUCACAAGUAUGUGCACCUGCCUCUGCUCACACUGUCUCAUGAGUGUGUGCUCCUGCCUCCACUCACACCAUCUCACGGUGCAUACCUGCCUCUGCUCACACUGUCUCCUGGGUGGGUGUGUCUGCCUCUUCUCACAUUGUUUCAUGAGUGUGUGCCUGCCUCUGCUCACACUGUCCUUGGCGACACUCUGUGUGGUGGCCUGUCAAUCAGCAGAGGGCACCAGUGGUCUGGCUCUGUGUCCCCUUUGCUCUGGGCCUUCCAUUGUGUCCCCUUUUGUGUCUUCGUGACCAUGUCCUAACUUGAUCCCUUAUACUGGUGCAAGCCGUUUUUAAAACUUUCAUCCGCUUUUCUUGCUGCUCUCUAAAUAUUUUCACAGACUUUUACACCUUGCUUGAAAAACAGGUUUGCAGAGUGAAACUAACUCCUGCAUUUAGCUGAGGUUAUACGCAUUGAGUGGUGGUCACUCCAGAGCACUUUGUGGGUUUCUAUAGAAAAACAAGAAUGGAAUUUAGUUCUUCACUCCUAAACUUCAGGAAUUCGCCAAGGGGAACCUUCUCAAUAUCUAAGGACCUCUGACCCAGGGGAGCCCAGGCUGGUGCCCCAAGAUCAUUAGAGAGUGGUCAUGGAACUGUCUUCUGGGGGAGCCCAGGCUGGCACCUCAAGAUCAUUAGAGCAUGGCGCAUGGAACUGCGAUCCAGGGGAGGCCAGGCUGGCACUCCAAGUUCAUUAGAGAAUGGUCAUGGAACCCUCAUCUGGGGGAGCCCAGGUUGGCACCGUGAGAUCAUUAGAGCAUGGCGCAUGGAACUGUGAUCCAGGGGAGCCCAGGCUGGUGCCCUGAGAUCAUGAGAGUGUGGUGGGUGGACUCUGAUGCUGGGGAACCCAGGCUGGUACCCCGAGAUCAUUAGAACGUGGUGGGUGGACCUGUGAUCCAGGGGAGUCCAGGCUGGUGCCCCGAGGUCAUCAGAGCAAGGUGGGUGGACUGUGAUCCAGGGGAACCCAGGCUGGCCCCCCGAGAUCGUUAGAGUGCUGUGGGUGGGCUCUGUUCCAGGGGAUCCCAGUCUGGUGCCCCAAGAUCAUUAGAGUGUGAUGGCUGGACUGUGAUCCAAGGAAACCCAGGCUGGUGCCCCGAGAUCAUUAGAGCAUGACGGGUGGACCUGUGAUCCAGGAGAGUGCAGGCUGGUGCCCUGAGAUUAAUUAGAGUACAGUGGGUGGUCUCUGAUCCAAGGGAACCCAGGCUGGUGCCCCCAGAUCAUUAGAGCAUGGUGGGUGGACUUUGAUGCAGGAGAACCCUGCUGGUACCCCAAGAUCAUUAGAGCAUGGUGGGUGGGCUCUUAUUCAGGGGAUCCUGGCUGGAGCCCUGAGAUCAUUAGAGCGUGGUGGGUGGACUCUGAUCCAGGGUAACCCUGCAAGUACCCCAAGAUCAUUAGAGCGUAGUGGGUGGGCUCUGAUUCAGGGGAGACUGGCUGGCACCCUGAGAUCAUUAGAGUGUGGUAGGUGGACUCCGAUCCGGGCAAACCCUGCUGGUACCCCGAGAUCAUUACAGCGUGGUGGGUGGAGUCUGAUCCAGGGGAACCCUGCUGGUACCCUGAGAUCAUUAGAGCAUGGUGGGUGGGCUCUGAUUCAGGGAACCCUGCUGAUACCCCGAGAUCAUUAGAGCAUGGUGGGUGGAGUCUGUUCCAGGGGAGCCCAGGCUGGCACCCCGAGAUCAUUAGAGCAUGGUGGGUGGGCUCUGAUUCAGGAGAGCCUGGCUGGCACCCUGAGAUCAUUAGAGCAUGGUGGGUGGAGUCUGUUCCAGGGGAGCCCAGGCUGGCACCUGAGAUCAUUUGAGCAUGGUGGAUGGAGUCUGAUUCAGGGAACCCAGGCUGACCCCCCUAGAUCAUUAAACGUGGUGGACCCCGUGUGAUGAGCAGGCGGUAGGGGUGGCACCCCCGGGUGGAAAUGGUCCUUAGAGAGGGAUCUCUCAGUGUGAGACAGACUCAUGUACUUCCUGUCCGAGGUAGUCUGCUGUGACAGGUGUGAGCACAGAUGUUUGGACCUGGAGGUCUGAGUUCCAGGGAAUGGUGCCAACACAUGAGCUUCCCACGGCUCCCCAGGUGACAUCCCUCUGCCUUUGUGCCUUUCUGUGGCUCCCCAACCCCUCUCUUGUCCACACAUUGGGGGCUCUUUUUUACCCUUAGAAAUGGAGGCCAAGGUGGGUGGAUUGCUUGAGCCCAGGAGUUCAAGACCAGUCUGGGCAACAUAACAAGACUCUGUCUCUACCAAGAAAAAGAAAAGAAAAAAAAUUUAAAAAUUAACUGGGUGUGCCUGUGGGUGCAUCUACUCAGGAGGCUGAGGAGGGAGGAGGGCUUGAGUCCAGGAUUCUGAGCCUGCAGUGACCCGUGAUUAUGCCACUGCACUCCAGCCUGGGCAACAGAGUUAGACCCUGUAGCAAAAAGAAAAAAAAUACAGGAUAGUUCAUCCGUGGAGUUUAACAACAAAACAAGUUGAGUAUACAGAGAUUGAGAAUAAAACCAUGGUUACAUGGUUAAGGAAGGGGCACUGGAAACUGUAGGUCUGAGGAUGCAAAGUAGCAGGUAUGUAGGAUGGAGAAGGCCAGAGACCUCAUUUACAGCGGGGCUAUUGUUGAUUAUCUUGUUUCAUAUUUGGGAUUUUCGCUCAAUGAGUGGAUUGUAGCUACUCUUGCCACAGAAAAAGAGAAUGAGUAACUGUGUGAGCUGAUGGAUAUGUUAAUUCGCUUCACUAUAGUGACCUUUUCUCUCUGUAUCUCAGCAUCAUGUUGCAGACCUUAAGUACAGACAAUAAAAUUUUUUAAAAAAUGAAAAAGGGCCAGCACAGUGACUCACACCUGUUAUCCCAGCACUAUGGGAGGCCAAGGUGGGCAGAUCACUUGAGGUCAGGAGCUCGAGAGAAGCCUGGCCAACAUGGUGAAACCCCAUCUCUACUAAAAACACAAAAAUUAGCGGGUGUGGUGGUGCAUGCCUGUAGUCCCAGCUACUCGAGAGGCUGAGGCAGGAGAAUCGCUUGACCCCAGGAGGCGGCAGUUGCAGUGAGCUGAGAUCACACCACUGCACUAUAGCCUGGGUGACAGGAUGAGACUCUGUCUCAAAAAAUAGCACAGCACAGCACAGCACAGCCUCUGUCUCAAAAAAUAGCACAGCACAGCACAGCCAUAUCCACCGCCUCCUGAAAGCCCCACUCUACCCUAGCUCCCCGGGGUCUGGGGUCCCAGCCCGUCUCCCUGCCCCUGUGUGGCCGUUUCUGCCAGAGCACUUGUCUCCCUGUUUCCUGUCUCACCUGCUGACUGGAAGUGCCUGGCAGGCCUGGACGCGACUGCUUGCCUCUGUGCCGAGCACCCUGGCCUGCAGAGGCCACGCAGCUUCGGCCGCUCAUCCUCGCACCGUCUUCCCCUGAAACAUGACUCCGUUUGAGUGAUCAGCCAUUUUGCUACAUCAUAGCUACUCAGAACAUAGUGACAGACUGAAUCGACUAAUUUGAAUUAUGUUGAAAUUAUCAUCUCAGUGAGAUUUAGGAAGAUACAGUGGAUUUUUCUUGGGAACAAGGCUACUGAGGUGUACUGAAUAAAUCAGUAGGAAGAAAUGUAAGAAAAUGACAACUGAGCAGCUAAAUUCAUCUGGGUCUGCGUCCUCAGGGUAUAGGUGCUCAGCUGGGAAAGGUGAGAGUUAAAUUUUUUCAUGAUGCUGGUGUCAAGAAAUUGCACCUUGAAAAGAGAAAGAAAUCAAGCCAUGAUCUCCAGGGAGCUGUCAUUUGGAGCACAUCUCUGGGAGUUCUCCCCGGGCCGGGAGGCUGCGUGGUGUCGUUCCCUCAGCAGCGUGCUUUGGGUGGAGCCUCCUGCCCUGUUCAGAUAUGUUAUAUAAAAACACCCUGACAAUGCCAGCCUGUCUUUAAUUUUCACACCAUCUCAACUAAAAUAUGUUUUGAAAUGAAAACAUUUUGCAUUUUAUUUUAAGCUUAUUUUUGGGGCUCUAAUUUUUUUUAAGACUAACAAAACUAGAGCUGGGUGACCUAUCUUCUCUGGAAUAGCUGUGCAGUAACCAAAUUGUCAGCUGAAGAGGGUUUUGCUUUGGAGGCAUAAGCCAGACAGGUCUGAAGUUGAGUGUAUCUGCUGAAUUAACAACAGAAAGGGUUUCUUUUGGUCCUUUUUCUUUUGGGAUUCCUAUGGAAAUAGUUCACUGGGGUCACUUUGGUGAGAGAUAGGGAAACAGCACGAAAUAUCAAUUCACCCGAGUUCUGUUUGUUGUGAUUUCAGGGAACAAGUUAUUAUUUCAGUUCAAUGAUACUUCCUUUAGGGUGUGGGUUGCUAAGUCUUAUUUACCAUAAACUGUGCAUUUCAUUGCUGCCUGGUCUAAUAAAUAGUUCAUUUGUUAGUGAUAAAUGUAACAUAGCCUAGCAAAGAGAGCGUCUGUGCCCUCCCACCUUAGUGCAAGAAGAGGAAGCAGAGUUGCUGGGGGCUGCCUCUGGAACUUUGUAUGCAGGACCUGGAGCAUGCAGGUGCAGUGUUGUUCACAGGUGUGGUGGUGUUUGCAGGUGCAGUGUUGUCUGCAGGUGUGAUGUUGUCCUGCCUGCAGGUGCGGUGUUGCCCACAGGUGUGGUGCUG